GAUUAACGGGCGGAGCAUCACUGCUAAGAAUCUCUACGCCGUACUACUUGGUGACAAAAGUGCUCUCUCAGGUGGAAACGGUAAGGUAUAAAAUACACGGCCAAUGAUAGGGAUCUUCGUUUACUAUUCUGAUCAUGGCGGCCCGGGGGUUCUUGGUAAGCUGGCAAAUUUCUUCCUCUUGUGGAGAGGACUUCUAAUUAUAACACAUAUACUGCUGGGUCCUCAUGUGAUGGAAUAUGGAAAUUCAAGCCUAAGAACAGAAAAACUCUACUUAUAUCAAGGUUUCGACCCCGCAAAUGUCAAUUUGCCCCCCAGUUAA